CGGGAAGAAGGAACCAGCCGGAAGCGGAAGUGCAAACAUGGAGGCAGCUGUGUUUAUUUCAUCCCUCGUCGACUGCUGUGUUUUAAUAUUCCUCUCCGUGUAUUUCAUUAUCACUCUGUCUGAUCUGGAAUGCGACUACAUCAAUGCUCGAUCCUGCUGCUCCAAGCUAAACAAAGUGAGUCUGGACGGUGAGGCUGAUGGCAAACUUCUUUCUUUACACAAAGCAGCAUAUUCCUGGGACGUUUACAGAUACGUGAAGGUUCCCAUGGGGAACAUGGGAGUGUACGAUCCCACAGAGAUUCACAACAGAGGCCAGCUCAAGUCCCACAUGAAGGAAGCCAUGAUCAAACUGGGCUUCCACCUCCUCUGCUUCUUCAUCUACCUGUACAGCAUGAUCCUGGCUCUCAUCAACGACUGACCCGCAACCGUCUUCACAACACAAACUGCCAAAUCAUGAACUGGCCUUUACAUAUAGUGAAGAAACUCCAUGCAUCCCAAUCAGAAGAUCAGCCCAGCUCUCCUCAACACAUCCUCUCUAAUGACCCUCAGAAACGGCUCGUCUGCGGACCACAAACCCCCCACCGCAGGCGCUCUCCUUUGGUUUCUCUGAAUCUUGCACUGCUUCUCGGGGCUGAAGCAUCAAGACAGUCGCACUGAAUCACGAAUCAUCUGUUUGACCAGCAACUGCACACAAAACAAGUGCAGUUCUGAGAAAGAAUGGCGAGAUGUUGAGAUAUAUUAGGAUUUUGUUUCAGAAUUGUGCGAUUCUGAAUUUGACAUAUUGGAAUUGCAAAAAAAAAA